UUACGUUUACGUGUUUUUUGGUCCUGUUUCUUCGCGUAGCGGUCCAUCGACGCAGCUUUCCGAUUGUGGGCAUUCGUUGCGGCUUCAUUGGUUCCACAGAAAUUACGGUACGCACCGUGAAUAGAUCACCUGGUAUCGAGUGCAGUAAAUAGUGUCGAUUUCGCGAAGAAUCUGUCCAAGUUAAAUUCUAAAAUGGUUGAGGAUACGAAAGAUCUAGGAUUCACCAAGGAGGAGGAAUUGCUGCUACAGGAUUUUAGCCGGAAUGUGAGCACCAAAUCGAACGUACUGUUUUACGGCAGUGCAUUCAUCGUAUCGGCGGUGCCUAUCUGGCUGUUCUGGAGAGUGCAUCAGAUGGAACUGCUACCGUCGGUAGUGUUCUUCGUGAUUGUCACCGCAUUGUGCACGUACCUGUUGGCUAUGGCUUACCGUAACACGAAGUUCACGAUGAAGCACAAGAUUGCGAUCAAGCGCGAGGAUGCGGUGACCCGCGAGAUGACCGCACAGCUGGCCGACGACAAGAAGAUGAGCCGCAAGGAGAAGGAUGAGCGUGUGCUGUGGAAGAAGAUCGACGUAGCGGAAUACGAGGCGACCACUUUCUCGAUCUUCUACAACAACGCUCUCUUCCUGGCCGUGGUCAUUUUCGCCAGCUUCUAUCUGCUGCGAUCGUUCACUCCGACCUUCAACUACAUCUUCUCGAUGGUGGGUGCCGGUGGACUGUUGGCCCUGCUGUCGACUGGAAAAUCGACGUAAAUAGGGUCGUAAUAGGGCGCCGGAGGGAUUCUGCACGCACAUUAUACAGUCUCCUUGUUAGCAUCAGCGAAUCCAUCGUAUGCUGGUGAACGAACAGGCGCAAUCAAUUCUCCCUGUUUAUUUUCCCAACAGCAACAACAAUAAGACUCACAUAAAUAAUUUAAACUGCGAGUGUGCCCGUUUUGGUGCACGCAUUUUCGCACCGUUACGAACUGAGACAUUCAUUCACUGCUACACUGUACGUUGUAUGGUCGCCGUUCGGCUAAACAAAAAUCAUUCGAAGCAUCGCUCAGUAAAGAUUAAGUUACUAAAAGUA